UUAACGGAGACGCCAAAACCAAUGCCAACACCAAUACCGCUAACGAAAGCCAAGAAUCCGCCGCCACUGCCCCAUGAGAUGCACAACAACAUCAGUGCCCAUUAUGGUGGCAGUGCGGCGCUCAGCAAUCAUCAACCUCAUCCGCAUACGCAUCCGCAUCCACACACUCACCAGCAGCAACAGCAGCAGCAACAACAGCAGCAACAUCAGCAACAGCAGCAGCAUCAGCAGCAACAUCCAAACACCAAAACGCCCAACACGAACAACAACACACAAGCAACACCAACCGGAGGAGCAGCAGCAACAACUGCCAGCAAACAACAACCAUCGGUUAACACCAACACACCAACAAAAGCUUCGCGUGAGGCAACUCCCACAAGGGAUCAGCAUCAGCAACAUGCCACGCCCACACGCGAACACCAGCAGCAAACGCCCACCCGCCAGCAGCAACUGCAACGUGAACAACGCGAGCAGCAGCAACGCGACCAGCAGCAACAUCAUCGCGAACGGCAGCAACAUUAUCGCGAGCAACGCGAACAACGCGAGCGGGAAUACCAACACGAACACGAACAUGAACAACACCACCACCACGAACAACACCAUCACCAACACCAUCGUGACCACCACGAGCAACACCAACAACACCAGCAACACCACCACCAUCAUCAUCAUCACUCAUCUGGAUCACAGCAGCAACACCAACGCUACAGCAGCAGCAACAGCUACAAAUCUCAUAAUAAUUCCGUUUACCAGUAAGGAGAAACCGAGAAACAAGAGUCAAGAAAUGCAAUUCUAGCAAUUGGAGCAACAAUUUUUUGGAAACAUUCUUUCAAAACUGCAACAGCAAUUCAAUCAGUAAACAGUUUAAUUGUGCUACCUAUGUUUAAAACAUAAAAUAAGACCUCUGCCCCUCAUGCACGCCUCUUUCUUCACCGAACACAACGCGCUUGACAGAAUAUAAAAACAAAAUUGACCCAAAAAAAUAUUCCGGCUUUGUCCUAAUUAAACUGUAUUCUAUGAGUCGCCAUAUCCCGCUUUAGUAGGCCCCCUAGAAAUGUGUUUAUUUGUUGUAGCUGAAGAGAUGCCCUAACAAAAAAAAAUGUUUAAAAAAUGGAGUCUAAGAGACCUGUUUGUAAAAAAUCCUUUAUAAGUUUUUAUCCUUUUUUGUUAACUAUAUUAAACAAUUUCAGAAAUAUCAAAUGUAAAAUUUUAACACUGCCGAGGUUAAAGUAAAAAAAAAACCAGGGCAUCUCUCUACCUCACUUGGCUUUCCGUUCUGCAUAUAUGUCUCCCUACAAAACUAUCCUAAUACUAGAACCAAGAACCACUCCGAUCCUCAACUAGAAUAUCCAGUGACAAGACCUAUCCAGAACUUAGGUAUCCUAAGAACCUCUAUCGAACCACGCGCUAGUCGAAUUGUGUAAAUCUGUGUAAACUCUAAAACAUAUUAUUGUAUGAUUAUAAUUACUAUUGAUUAUCAAGCGAGCAACGUAGCUUAGACCGUUAGUCAUUACUUGUUUAAACUGGUGACAAGACAACAAGUUUGGGUUCACGAGAUUACUGUAAGAGCAAUGUUAUUUGAUGAUAAACCCACAAAAGCCCCCAAAGGAAAAGCAACCACAACCCAAUAAGGCAUACAUUAAGAAAAUCAAGAGCUUAAAAUGUUUAAAAUGAACAAGUAAAAUAUCUAAAAAUCCCUUAAACAGUAAGCAAGAAGAAGACGAUGCAGAGAUGAAAUAUGAAAACAAAGAUUAAAGGCACAGACACUGUAAAAUAUAAAAAUAACCAGAAAACUAGUAACGAAUUAUCGCUUUUGUUAGAUUCAAACACACACUAACACACAAACAUACACGCAUGCACGGCACUCACACACACACGCAUGCAUAUUGCCAAAUUGAUUGUAUUUACAGCAGCAAAUUGAACAAAACUAUAAAAAAAAAACCAACAACAAACAAAAAUGAAGCCCACCUAAGCAAAAAGAUAAUUUGUAAAAAUUAAAAAUAAUCUUAAAAUUAAAUCACAAAAAAUGUAAAAAGCUAUAAAUAUAUAUUUAAAGAAGGAAGCCACAAACACACACACACACGAUAACACUUACACUGACACCCACUCAGAAAUAAUUAGCCCAAAAAGCGCAUCAAUUCUAAAUUUUAACCAAAAUAUCAAAUAAUAUACCCGCAGUGUUGUAAGGUUAAUCGAAGUUUUUAAAUUUUGACAUCGACUGAAAUUCUCUUAUGUUUGGAAUUCUUUUCUAGACUAUAUUUAUAGUCCAUCCGUGAUAUUCCUUGAUCAAUCUGACAACACCGCAAGGCAUAUCCCUGUUAUUAGUACAACUUAAACUGCACACUGCACAAUUUUUGAAUGUUUGUUAAAUGUUUUAAAGAGCAAAAGCCGACACCAGGAAAAUCCGCUGCAAAAUUGUAUUCUCCUCACCACCAAAAUAACUAAGGAAAAUCCCUUGCACCCCAAAUCGAUCCCCAAAACCAACUCCAACCCUGAAAAAAUGGUAAACGAAUUAUGAAACUGCUAGGGCAGAAGGACAUCUAUGUCUGCUCUGCCACUAAAAAUGCAAAAAUAACAUUAACGCUGUAGAGACAAGGAGAAAUUAACGCUUAAAAUUUGAGGUUGAUUGGCAUUAAGUAAAAGUUAAACGAUGUUGAAGCAGGAAGAGCCGAGCCGACAGGGCGCGAUCACGAGCAAGUAAAAAAUUAUAUAACAACUUAAAAAAACACGCACGAUGAACAACAGAUUGUGCUGACUAUAACUUCAUACGUAUUGUGUAAAAUAUUAGCAAAAGACGAAUUCCUUUUUAUAGAUCAAAAACAAAAAAAAAAGCAACGUAUUUUUCGCUCUCUCUAUCUUUCACUUUCGAUUAUACGAUCUACGACCUACGAUCUACCUAUUAUAUAUCUGUCACUCACUCAUUCAGUCAAUCGUUCAGUCAAUCGUUUCGGCAAGUUUGUUGAUUUCGUUUGUUGUGUGUGAUAGUGUUUGGAAUUAAAAUGAAACUUUUGCAUGUCACAAGAGCAAUUUGUUCACCCUAAGUCCCCCAAAAAAGUUAACUUUGUGUCUAAUGGUAUGUAUAGGGCAUGGUUCCUAUGCCGGGCUUGUUUUUAUCAUCUCAAAUCUACGAAACGACAACUAUUCCACUGCUUAACUCUCUCUUAAUAACUCUCUUUAUGUAUGUGUCUGUGUGGAAAGUAAAUAUACAAAACUAUUAAAAUUGAAAUUGAAUCGUUAUAUGAGGUAUUGUACUUGUAUUUUUGUUGACUAUUAUGUAAUUAAACGCUUUACUGAAUAUCAGUUAUGUACAUUUUUUAGCUAAAAGUAAAAAUUAAAAACCAAAUUCAAGCAAAGAAGCUUAUGCUGUUACUUAUUGUUAGUGAAUUUACCACAAAAAGAAUGAAACAAAAAUCUAAGAAAACCAAAAAACUCAAGUUAAAUUUUCAAAAAUUUAUAAAAACUAUAAAAUCAUUUUGCAACGUUUAUGCGUGACGAAAAGUAUCAAGGGGGUUGCCUUGUGGACGCACUUACGCCUUUGUAUAUUGCGAUACAUUUUGAUGAGAAGGCUAAACUUAAACUUUGAGAACUACCAGAUAAAUAUCUAUUUAAUAUAAUAUUUAAUAAAAAUAUACCGUAUAUAAAACGUAUGCUAAACUAUAUCCAAAUUGUAAACGACAAUGAGAAGCAAUUUUAAGCAAAAUGAAGAAACCAUUUCAAUUUCAACUUCAAUACCCCCACAUGCAAACACACUCGGAUGAUGAUACCAUUUAUGUGAAUUAAUAUGUAUAGAACUAUAUAUAUAUAACUAUGAUUACAAAACAGCAACAAGGCUAUCUAUAUGCUAUGCUAAUGAAAGGGUAAACGGCAUUUAAA